UUGCUGAAAAAUAUGGGUAUGGGUUACAACUCGGAACAACGUCAAGGUGGUUCCUGGAAAAAGUCCAAAACAUAACGAUCUUCUCCUGUGAAUGAACUCUUAAACCUGAAGGAAUCUCACGAGGAGACUCACGAGCACGAGCGCGAGAGACAGUGCAGCAAGCCACCUUCGCCUUCGCCCCGCGCGCUGCAGCUCCAAAUCGACCCCACGACCAGCUCGAGAAAGCAAUUGGGGAUCCCGAGGGCGCAGAGGAAGGAUCGCCGCGAUGGAUCCGGCCGGCGUCAACGGCGGCGUGUGGAUCCGCGCGGCGGUGGCCGUCGCGGCGGGCGGCGCGAUCGCGGCGCGCGCGGUCCGGCGCAAGUCCGUCGACUUCACCGCCGUCUUCGCGGGCGUCCCGGCCAUGGUGGCCCACACCGUCGCCGGGUUCGCGGGGCUGCUCCUGGUGUUCUUCUUCACGGCGUCGAGGGUGACGAGGACCGGCGAGGCGAGGAAGCGUGCGCUUGAUCCUGAGUUCAAAGAGGGGGGGCAGCGCAACUGGAAGCAAGUCUUGUCAAAUAGUGGUAUCGCAAGUAUCUUGGUAGUCCUGAUAGCACUAAUUACUGGAGGUGAAGACAAAUGCUUGGAUUCAAAAGAGUCGGGUCUUGUAACUGCCCUUAUUGGUGGUGUUAUUGGACAUUACUCUUGCUGCAAUGGUGAUACAUGGUCUUCUGAGCUUGGCAUACUUAGCAAAUCUGAACCACGAAUUAUCACAACAUUCAAGAGGGUGCGGAAGGGGACCAAUGGCGGGGUAACCAUAGAUGGACUUCUUGCAGCAGCAGCAGCUGGAUGCUCGAUUGGGCUUGCAUUUGUGCUACUAGGAUUCUUAACAACCCAGUGUGCUUCUGAUGUAUUUUGGAGGCAACUGCUAGUUAUACCCUUAGCUACAGCUGCUGGCCUAUGUGGAAGCCUGAUCGAUUCAUUACUGGGCGCAACAGUUCAGUACAGCGGAUACUGCCGCGUUCGCAAGAAGGUGGUUGGAGUAGAUGGUCCAACAGUAACGAGGAUUUCUGGAAUGAAUAUACUGGACAACAACGGCGUCAAUGUAGUGUCUAUCUUCUUGACGAGUCUGCUUACUGCCUUGGUGUGCACAUGCAUUUUCUGAGGUCUAUUUGGCUUGUAGUGGUAGCACGACAUUACAGAGGAUAACUAGGAAGGAACACGAUUGGUAAAUUAGAGCACGUAAUCUCGAAUAGUGGUGUCGUUCAUUUAUUUACGAUCGGUGAUAUUGGGGGUUGUUGAUUUAGCAUUAGUGUGUUUCACACCAAGUAUAGACAUCUAAUGUAAAAAUUCAGUUGUAGUUAUCCCAUUCAGAUGUAACACCGAAUAUUCGGAAAGAGGAAUGGUUCUACCAGAAUAUUGUUUCGCCGAAACUAUUUAUUUGUAUAGGCCAUUUGAUCA